AUGAAAACACUUGGGGAACCUGUCAGCGACCUAAUGAUGGCACAAAUCAUGAUGAAUGCGUUGCCACCCACCUAUGCAAUUGUUAACACCGUCAUCCAAACCACAAACCAGGCAAGCGCUGUUACACCUCUGAUGGUCAAGGAAGUCGCUCUAAAGGAGGAAGAACAUUUCCAAAACAUUGAAUGCAAAAUUGUUGAGCUUGAACUCAAAAAACCGCAAAAGAAAAACAAAGGACCCGCAUGUCUUAACUGCGGUAAACCCAGUCAUUUGAAGCAAGAAUGUUGGGCAGCGGGAGGCGGCGCCAAAGGAACGGGACCAAGGCAGAAGAACGAACUGAGCGAAGCAGUAAUAAAAGAAGUCCUACACAUACCCAAGCUACAAGCAAACCUCAUGUUGGUCCAAGAACUUGUAAACAACAGGACGGAGGUUGCAUUUGGAAAGGACUAUGGCGCGGUCCUUGUGCAAAUAAGGGACAAGGUCCCAAGAUUGGUUAUGCUUGUCAAACUGAUUGACUCUACAAACUAA